AUGGCUACAGCUACGAUUGUCGACAAGCCUGUCGGUGCUAUCGGCUAUGGCCUCAUGGGUCUCACUUGGACCAUGACCAAUCCCAACCUUCCCCCCGCUGCUGAGUCAUACGAGCUCAUGAACCUUGCCCUCGCACAAGGAGCCAACUUCUUCAACGGCGGCGAGAUCUACUCCAAUGCCGACGGCCGCAACUCCUGCGACCUUCUUCGCGAGUUCUUCACCGCCAACCCAGGCGCCGCGUCCAAGGUCGUCCUCUCCAUCAAAGGCGGCACCAAGAGUGCCACAACCAUGGAUCCCGAUGGCAGCGAAGCCAACGCCCGCCGCACGGUGGACGACUCUCUCGCCAAGCUGGGCGGUACCAAGACCAUCGACGUUUUCCAGUACGCGCGGGUGGAUCAUUCGACGCCCAUUGAAGAAGUCAUGGGUCACCUGAAGAAGCUCGUCAGCGAGGGCAAGAUCGGCGGCGUGGGCCUCAGCGAGGUGCGCGCCAGCACCAUCGAGCGCGCCGCCAAGGUCGUGCCCAUCGCGGCCGUCGAGAUCGAGCUGAGUCUGUGGACCACCAACACGCUGCGCAACGGCGUGGCCGAGACGUGCGCCCGCCUGGGAAUCCCCAUCGUCGCCUACGCUCCGUUGGCCCGAGGCGUGCUGGCCGGCGGCGCAGAGAAGAUCCUCGAGCAACUGAAGCAGCUGCCGGAGAACGACUGGCGCAGGCAUCUCCCCAAAUUUCAGGACGACGUGGUGCAGCAGAAUCUUCGCCUGACUAAGGAGGUCGAGGCGCUGGCGGCCAAAAAAGGCGUGAAGCCUGGCGUCAUCGCCAUCAAUUGGGUCCGCUUGCUAUCUGGCCGGCGCAUGCAGGUGCUGGAUGCCGAUGGUAACGAGAAGACUGUGACGAUGCCCACCGUCAUACCCAUCCCCGGCACGACCAACAGGGAGCGGUUGGUGGAUAACUCGACAAUUGUGGACCUGAGUGAAGACGAGAUGAAGGAGAUUGAUGCCAUCCUGGAGAAGAAUCCCGUCGUGAGUAUAAUCCGUCUUUGUUUCUCUAGCUGGUCCUGGCCCGCGCACGAAAUCUAG